AUGGCUACAGCAGACUCGUAUUUAACCCCACCCUCUUCCCCUCCGCCCUUCCCCCCUUUGACACCCGCGCCCUCUACAUCCCCACCACCGACCGCUCCACGCGACAUCAGGAAAUUCGUAUUCGCUCUCUCCCAAUGCUCCUCACCCAUCCCCUCCCCCCAUACUCCCCCCUUCCCCCCAUCCAGCUUUGACAUCCGCGCCCUCUACAUCCCCAUGAGCGACCGCUCCACGUGGCGGCAGCUCGUUCGCCGAGUCGCGCCGCUCAUACAGCAGGCAGCCAAUGAGGAGGACGCCAACGGGCGGGGGGCCAGUGCGGGCGGGGGGAGCAGGGAGGUGAUGGUGCUGGCGGAGUCGUUUGGGGCGUGCCUGGCUCUGCGCAUCGCUGCUGCCAACCCCGGCCUUCUGCACCGACUCGUGCUCGUGAGACGCCCUUCCUUCCUUCCACCUUUGAGUCGUUUGGGGCGUGCCUGCCUGGCAUGGCACUCCGCAUCGCAGCCUCUAACCCCGGGCUUCUGCACCGACUCGUGCUCGCUGCUCUCACACCCACUACCAUCCCUCUCAUCUCCCUUCUUCCUCCCCCUUUUGCCCCCUUCCUUCUUUGGCCGCUUCCCCCUUUCCCCCGUGCACCCUUGUCCCCUUCCCCCAUCAACCCUGCAACGGCCUUCCCCAGCAACAACCCGCUCGAUAUCCUCUGCUGCCCUUUCAUGUCCCCGCUUGCCCCCUCACCCCCUCGCCCCCUUCCUGCCUCCCCCCCCACCCGCCACCACCAUUGCAACAUGCGCUAACCCCGUGCCGAGCAGAUCAACCCAGCAACGGCCUUCCCCAGCAACAACCCGCUCGUCAGCCUGUGUGUCGCCACGGGCCUCCUCGCAUUCUUCCCCCCGCCGCUCUACGAAUUCGCCCAGGACGUGGCACUGCCUCUGCUGGUGCGAGGCUAAAUCCUACUCCCUGCAGCAGGCACGACCCGCCUUCUACGCACCUCUAUACACUCUACCCACCCCAUCCCCCCCCCUGCCUGCCCUCCACGUGCCAUGCCAGGACGUGGCGCUGCCUCUGCUGGUGAAGCGAAGCCGAGUCCAACCCCCUGCAACAGCAGCCACCACUAGUGGGGUUGGGGGAGGGGGAGGGGGAGGAGGAGGGGAAGCAUCACUGCGGGUGCUGUCGCCGAUCGACUACGUGCCGGCGGCGUGUGCGUCGUGGCGGCUGUCCCUGUUGAACGACCAGUCAGGGCUGUCUGAUGCCGUGCUGCGCUCCAUACACGCACCCACCCUGCUGGUAUGCUUCUUUCGAGAGUGCUGCCAGCAGGAGGUGACAGGCCGACUGCUCUCCCUUCUUUUGAUGCGCCUCAACAAUAGCCUCUGUGCCUACCUCCCUCCCCUCGCCUCGCCAUGCCACCAGGUGGCAUCAUCUAAGGACAGAGUGCUGCCAGCAAGAAUAGCCACCAGGAGCCUCCUUUUUCCUGAGACGCCACAGAGUGCUGCCAGCAGUGGCAGAGACGGGCCGACUGCUGUCU